AUGGCAUCUGCAGCAACAACAGCAUCAAAUGAUGUGCCGACUGAAUCCAAAAGUGAACUCGUAACGAAUGGAUUAAAUAGUAUAAAGCAAAUUAUUGAAUCAAGUCGUCAUAUUAAAUGUGGAAUACAACAAUUGGCAAAUGAUUUUAUGGAUAUCUAUUUGAACUUUCAAAAAGAUAUUUCCCCAUUAUCUACAGGUGAUUCCAUAAGACAGCCGUAUACAGAAGAAAUAGAAUCGUUGGAUUUUAAAUUUUUAAAUAAUCAUCGAACAUAUGAUCGAAUUCAGUUGGCUCUUUGCGGUCCGAAUUCAAGUGGAAAAACAACAUUUUUACAUACAUUUCUUAAGAUAAAUAAUAUUUUACCUGUUGGUGCCGGUCCAGUGACUGCACGUAUUGUUAAAUUCUCAUAUAGUAUACCAUCAAAAGCAUGCUUGAUUGUCUACUCAUCCAUUCGAGACGCUUUUAGUGAGAACCAAAAGGAAGAAGACAAACUAUCUUUAGCAGAAUAUUUUAAUAAUUCAACAGUAGACUGGAAAGGCAUUGAACAAACAAUAAAUGUUUACAUAGCUCGACCAGAAUUAAAUACUGAAAAAGAGUUUAUUGAUUGGGCAAAAAGAUUCGUUGAAAUUCGAAUCCCAUCGCCAAUACUUGAACUAGGCAUUGAUGUUUAUGAUACACCCGGUUUAUUAUUUCAUGAUCAAUCAACACUAAAAGAUAAUCUACAAGAAUUAGUUCGGUAUGUUCGACCAACACUUGUUUUUUUAUAUGCAAACGCGACUUUCGCCAAAGAUGCAAAUGAUUGCUAUUUAAUGGUUCGAUCAGCAUUAGGUGAUGAAGAACAACCGCCUAUAUUUUAUUUAAAUACGAAACAAGAUAUAACGACACUAUUCAAUGGUGCACGCAUCCCUGCGAAAAACGUGAAACAGUUUACUCCUACAAAAUAUCAUGAAAUUCUUCCUAGUGAACGAUUAAAACGUUAUCAAACAUUAUACUCAGCGAUUGGAAUUGCGAAUAAGUUACCAAUGAUUGAAAAUCAAGCUUCCACUGAAAUCUUAAAUACAAAAUGUGACAAUUUCGAUAUUAGCAGUGUUGUUGGACAUUCAUUGUUGCGUAAUUGUGCCAUUGAAAUGACUGAACAAGCUUGCCGACGUAUUAUUGAAUUCGCUCUAAAAACUGAAAUGAAACAACCAUAUGAAAUUGCUGAUUCCAUUAUAGAAAAAAUCGAUAAUAUUUUCAAUUUCUUUGUAUCAACAAGCUAUAGAACAGAAGCACAAUGGGAUGAUAUUUGUUCCGAUGCAAAACGAUGGGGUGAUAAGUUUUUUCAAAAAUUUCAAAAAGAUUUAUCGAAAGUAGCAGAAAAGGUUCAUGAAAAAAUCAUUCAACGGUUCAAUCAACAUUCCGAUAGUAUUAUUGAACGAGCUAUUAAAUUAGAACGUUCCGAUGAUCCAUUGCAAAGUAAAACAAGAGAUGUUGUGACAAAAAAUAUCAAAGACUUUAUUAAAAUUGUUGUACAAGAAGAAGUUAUUAAGGUUGCUAUAAACGAAGUUGUACAUGAAGCUAAAGAAGAGUUUCAAUUGUUAGUUAAACAUGAAAUUCUAAUUAGUACAGAAAAAAAUGAAUUAUUAUUGACUGCACAACGACAAGUUUUAAUGGAUAUAUCAUCGGAUGAGAUUAGUCAACGUAAAUGGAUGGAGAAUGUUUUAUUUCAAUUAUCAAUAGCACCAUUAGCUUUAUUACGUUUGAUACGAGGACUUUCAAAGCUCCCAUAUCAGAAGUAUUGGAAUCAAAUCAGUUCGAAUCUUUUGAGAAGCAAGGAAGAAUAUUACGACAUUAUCGAUUCAAUGGAUUCAUUAUCAAUUUUAGUUGAUGAAUCAAAGCGACGUGAUUUCGCUGCAGAAUACUUGAAACGAAGGCGAUCAAAAAUUACUGCAAAAAAACCUUUAUAUAAUCAAAAUUUACAACUAUGGAUCGAAAAUAAAAAGAAAGAGUUUGAUAAUAAUAUUCAAAAUAAUUAUCGUCUUGCUAUAACACAUUUAAAAGUCAGAAAUAGUGCUUAUGAAUCAACUAAUAAAUAUAUACAAGAUUUUAGAGAAAUAGAAUGUAAAUUUCUAGCAUUUAAAGAUUUAGCGAAAUUCAAUGGAGAAAAUCCAUUGAUCAAUGAAUCAGAAGAGUUAGGGCAUGGAACACAUUUUGUUAUCUAUCCAGCUGAAUGGUCAACAGAGAAAGAUUUGGCAGUUAAAAAGCUGAAACAAUCAUCAAAUAAAUAUGCACACCUACAAUAUUUGGAAGCACAUAAUCAUCGAAAAAUCACACAACUUCGUAAGAUCAAACGUCCUCCGUCUGAUGGCGAGCCACAACAAUUUCAAUUACCUCAUAUUGUGCCUCUUCUGUAUUUGUAUGAUAAACAACUUAGCGGUAAUAUGAGCGAGUUAUAUAUGUUUUUACCAAGGUAUGAGAAAAGCUUAGAUAAAUACUUGACAGAAAAUAUUGUUACGAUCAAACCGAAACGUGUACUUCAAAUUGCAUUAGAUAUGGUAGAUGUUUUGGUUUUGUUACAUACCAAUGGAAUUGUACAUCGUGACAUAAAAGCUAAAAAUAUACUAAUAGAUAAAAAUCAACAAUGCUAUUUAAGCGAUUUUGGUACAGCAAAAGAAUGGACUUCGAAUUCAACGAUGACAGGAACAUUUCCAUUAGCUCCAGAGAUACAGUCUGGUUGUAUGUAUGAUGGUAAGGCUGCUGAUGUGUAUUCAUUUGGUGUAUUUCUUUAUGAAUUAUUGCCGAAAAACAGCUACCAUCGUCCUGAUAGCAUAAGCAAUGUUGAAUACUUGUUAAAAUCAAUCGCACCUUUUAGUCCAUAUAAUCAUAUAUACGAAGAUCUAAUAAAGUCAUGCUUACAAUCAUCAGCCGUAGAUCGUCCAAAUGCAAAAGAAAUCAGAUCAAAAUUGGCAGAAUGUCUAGAAGAUUUGAAAGAAAAAUCAUGCACCAUAUGCGAGGAUAAUCCAAGAAAAUAUCGUUUUCAGCCAUGUGGACAUAAAGUUGUCUGUGACGUGUGUUUCAAUCGUUUACGGAACAAUUCAGACAGUCAAUUAAAGUGUUUCUUGUGCCAACAGCUUGUUGAUCCAUGGAUUGAAGAUGACAGUAAUCAAACUUAUUCUGAUUUUCAUGAGAUAAUAUUAUAG